AUGAAGGUAAUCCCUAUUCAAGCUCGAUCCGAUAAUUGGAUGUAUCUAGUGAUCGAUUCAUCAAACGAAGCUGCUGUCGUAGAUCCUUAUGACGCUAAUAAGAUUUCAAAAGAAGCGAAAGAACAGGGAGUUAAAGUUACUAGUCUGAUAACUACUCAUCAUCAUGAUGAUCAUUCUGGUGGAAACUCGAAAUUUCUCUCCCUUCAUCCAGGACUUCAAGCAUAUGGUGGAUCAAAGCAAAGCGCCGGAACUAACGUAGUAGUGAAGGAAGGAGAUGCGUUCAAGAUUGGACAAGAUAUCGACGUCAAAUGCUUGCACACCCCAUGUCAUACUCAGGAUUCAAUCUGUUUCUUCAUUGAAGAUAAGAAAACUGGAGAAAAGGGUGUGUUCACUGGAGAUACACUAUUCUUAGCUGGAUGCGGACGUUUCUUCGAAGGUACACCGGAAGAGAUGCAUGCUGCUUUGACUAAAUUAUCAAAAUUACCCGAAGAUACUCUUGUCUUCAAUGGUCAUGAAUAUACGAAAGGAAGUGCUAAAUUCGGAUUGACUGUUGAACCCGAUAACGAACCGUUGAAAGGGCUCCUCAAGAAAGCUCAAAGUGAUUCUUGUACAACUGGUAAAUCGACUAUUGGAGAUGAAUUGAAAUGGAAUGUAUUCAUGAGACUUGAUAGGCCUGAAGCGAAAAAAGCAACAGGUGAAACAGAUCCAAUCAAGAUUAUGGGUAAAUUGAGAGAAAUGAAGAAUGCUAUGUGA